GCCGACUGUAGUAGUACUAUGGAGAUUGCACGCCUUCUGUGCCACCCCGUGCCGCCGCGUGGGGACUUGCGCCGGGGCAUGUGGACCGACGUUGAAGACAGCUACGCGCUAUCGCUCAUCGACGGCUUCCUCGCCGGCUGCUUUGCGGGCGCGGUCUUGCCCGGUACGUCCCUUCGGUGCUUCCUCGCCAAGCGACUGCGUUGCUCGCCCAUGCGCGUCUCGAAGCGACUUGCGUUCUACAGCCUUUCCCAGCACAUUCAUUUGCCCCAAAAGGUCGGCAAGCUGCGCUACACGCUGAACCACACGCUGGCACCCGAGAUCGCGGCGAGUAUGUUGCGCCAUAUUCAGUACCUCCAGCGUGUCUUUGACCAGACGCAGACGUCCCCCAAGGUGGUCGACGACGACCGGCCACCGCCGUCGCCUGCGUCGCUCCGCGUGGGCAUGUGGCUGCCCCAAGAGCAGACCCGCGCGUACAACUUGAUUUUGUCGUUUGUGCACGGCGACUUGCCGUUGGCACGCGGUACGACGCUUCGAUCCUUCCUCGCGGCCGAGCUCCACUGCAGUCCAAUGCGCAUCUCGAAGAAGCUUGCGACGACCGAGCUCGCGGGGCGCAAGCUGCCCAAGCGCAUUGGCUCGGCCUUGUUCAUUCCACGAGAGCACCGGAUGUUGCUCAAGCAGCUCAAGAUGGUGUCACCGUCGUCGGCGUACUUUCUGAGCGGUUCCAUGCAGUCGUCGUUUUAAAGGCUUGUGCUCAAUAGACAUGUUACAGUAGCGCAGUUGUUCCAUGAAUUCGCGAGCUCCUGUCAACAAUGAUUCACCCAACGAUUUGUGCUGUGGUCCUUCC